GCGACAGGAAUGUUACUUCUACCCGGAUUCUUUUCUUGUCUUCCUCGUCCUCAUCCUCUUCUUCUCCUUUAAAUUGCAGUUCAUCCCCCAGAAGUCAUCUCCACCCAACAUCUCACUUGUUGUAUCCGCCCUUUUAACAAGUAAUAUCCAAUACCGUCAAAAUGGUCAAGGCCGUCGCUAUUCUCCGUGGUGACUCCAAUGUCAAGGGUACCGUCACCUUCGAGCAGGCUUCUGAGUCAUCCAACACCGUCAUUUCAUACACUAUUACCGGCAAUGACCCAAAUGCCGAGCGUGGCUUCCACAUCCACCAGUUCGGAGACAAUACCAAUGGCUGCACCUCUGCCGGCCCCCACUUCAACCCCUUCGGCAAAACUCACGGUUCCCCCACCGAUACCGAGCGCCACGUCGGAGACCUAGGCAACAUCACCACUGACGCAGAAGGCAAUGCCAUUGGAAGAUUCGAGGACCCACUAGUCAAGCUCAUCGGUGAGCAGAGCGUUCUCGGACGUACCGUCGUCAUCCAUGCUGGCACUGAUGACCUUGGACAGGGUGGCAAUGAAGAGUCCAAGAAGACCGGCAAUGCUGGUCCCCGCCCCGCGUGCGGUGUUAUUGGCAUCACUGCAUAAAUGAAUCCUAGGUCAACCCCGCAGAAAAUGAAAAGUGGUAUUAAAAAAUUAAUGGGCUAGUGUUUCCGGAAUGUAGAAAAAACAAAUAUUAUACCACACCACAUAUUUACUUUGUGAAGGAGAAACGAGUAUUAUAUAUUUCUUAAGCAAGGAGAAAAGCCAAGAGGGUCGACCUACUUGAAUUGUCAAUACUGAGUUCCCAAGUAAUUCAGUCUCUCAGCUGUAUAGUAAAAUAUCAAUUGAAUGGCUACAAUACUCGUACUUUUCACGUAGAGUAGUGUGCUCGGCUGGUGAGACACCUCAGGUAGAAAAACAGCUUCAUGUCAAUCUCCAAACCCAUUUCAAAUUGCUUCGAGAAACCUUGUACCCAGGAUUCCUUCAGAGAAAAUUAUCACACGCGGCUUCACCCUCCCGGUUUCCUGAAAAGGAGGGGAGGGGGUGGAAGUGCAGGAUAUGUGAUUUAUACCGUCAUGAGGAACGCGGUAGAGCUGGUGGAUUUGAUGCGUGAUGAUUGUACGUACGAGCACGGAGUACAUGUACACAUAGGUGGAAUAUAAUCGUAUGUCCUGCACGUACGUAAGGGUGGUACACUGCGCUUAUAUUUGUUCGGGAUCUGCAGAGCGGCCUGUCUAUGCCGACUUAUGUGGGAGGUGGGAGAGAAAUAUGGGGGGAACUGUGUUGUCUGCUCUUGAGGUGGUUGAUAGUGUGGGCUGCCCUCGACGAGAAUUUGAGGGUAGUUGGUUGACGUUCUAUAGACUCAAGUGGUGGCUGGGGCCGCUCUAGUUGCACAUCCAUAUACCGCAUAUGGGGAAGAUGAAAAGGUAAAUUGAAAGAGAGAGGAAAGUGUUAGGUAUGCAUAUCCAAGUUAGCUGUCGAAAGUCAUGGGGUUGGUGGAGGUGAAACCUGUAAGCUCCUUUUUGGCGGCAUGGAUAGACUACAUAGUUCACACGUUUAACAAUCGUGUCCCAUCCAACACGCUCUUGAGGGCACAUCCAACGCUUAAGUAAAUUAAGACAUUCCUUUCGCCAUCCUGGCCAAGGAGAAGACCUUAAGGCAUCUGUGCACGAAGGCCAAGGUCUGGGAAGCUUGCAACGGAGGUAUUUAGUGAAAUGAUUCAGCUCGCCAUCUGUUGGUUCAGAAAACAUGUUAAAGAAAAAAACAAAGCUUUGAGAAAGAUCGGGUUGUAAUUCCGGUGACAAAAGGCUGCAUGGUUUUGAUGAAAAACGUCACGAUUCCC